AUGUCGGCCAUUUGCAAAGCUCGUCUAGCAGAAGAAAGAAAACAAUGGCGAAAAGAUCAUCCUUAUGGAUUCUGGGCUCGACCUAUGAAGAACCCCGAUUCUACGCUCAACAUGAUGUUGUGGGAAGUUGGGAUUCCCGGAAAGGAAAACACUUCUUGGGCCGGUGGAUUAUACAAGUUGCAAAUGAUCUUUCCUGAAGAUUAUCCUUCCAAGCCGCCAAAGUGCAAAUUCACUCCAACUAUCUUUCAUCCUAACAUAUACCCUUCUGGUACUGUCUGCUUAUCGAUCCUCAAUGAGGAAAAAAGUUGGAAACCAGCUAUUACGCUCAAGCAGAUCGUGUUAGGUAUACAAGACCUACUAAAUGACCCCAAUAAUUCGGAUCCAGCACAAAUCGAAGCUUACACUAUGUACAAAGACAACCCAGCUGCUUAUGACCAAAAGGUCCGAGAACAAGCCAAGCUUAUGCGCCCGACUUGA